AUGGAGUUAGUGGAUGCCAUUGGAGAGCUUAAGGCUCUUCCGGAAGGCAUCCACCUCUUAUGCCCACGACAGGGCGGAACAGACUUCGAUCGGUAUGAAGAUUUGACCCAGAUCAAAGAUGGAAGGAAGGUGGAGGAUAUGGUCUCUGAGGCCACAUCCAGAAAACAGAAAUUCCUCUCCUCCUUGCGAAUCCUGGCCUAUAAUGCGGAUGGGACGGAAGAGCAACAAUUACAAAACUGGGUUUUGAGCCGCCUGGAUCAGUCGCUGGAGAACUGUGAGCUCUGUAUCAAAGAGUAUUACACUGGCAAGGUCUGGCUCAUGGAGCUCUUAAAAGAAGAAAAUUAUCAAGAGGAGGAUAUCGACGCCUUUUUCCAGCAAGUCGACGAAUGGGAUAUUAAACGAAUCACACGAAAUUUGGCAACUGCAACCGCCCAACUCCAGGCAGUCCCACCGGACAAGAUUGCACUGGAUAUUUUGGACCGCCCGGCGUUGCUUUCGAUUUUCGAAACCUUGAGCUGUGAGGCUAUACUUCGUAAUGACAGCCUUCUUCAAGAGCACUUCGACGUACCAUUCAAGCUCAUCCAGUCGAAACGGACCCUGAAGAUUUCUGACUAUGUCCCCGCGGUCACUCACUUUCUCUUCGAUUCGACUUCAUCACGAAGCUUCUGGGCUAUCUCAUCAUGGACUCGUUACGAUCGGCCACCGAAUACCUUGGAAUUUGAAUGGGCCGUGCGGGAUGGGCUUCUCAGCGCUUUACGGGCUGCCUCUCAACAACCUCCACAGCUGGCGGUGAUUCAACGGCUAUGGCGUGGCAUGCAGUUGAUCUUGAAGAAGUUGAAGAAAGAACAGAUCACAUAUCAACUCCGUGCCCUGGAGAUCGAUCCAUGCCGGCUGUGUGUUGAUCACUUGGCCUUUCCAACUCCUGGGUUACGUUUUCUUCUGACCACCCUGCAGAUCUUUUUGGAGAAAGCGCCCGUGGAUUUCUGGGAUGCGAUGCAGACAAUUUCGCCUCAGGCCUUGAUUGAACACAUCUUCCAUAACCCUCAGUUCAGUGCCUUCUUGAUGUCAGUUCAACAGGGUGAGCCUUGGGAAAAGUCCGUACUCAAAGAAAUCCUCUCGUGGAUCAGUCCAUUCUUGACGUCGCUGAAAGGUGCUCAUCAACCAUCGGCCUGUAGAGCCUUGGCUUUGCCCUUGUUGAAGCGGUUCCAGAAUCCAGAACUCCCCAACUUGGCUCGGUAUCAUUGUUUCCGCUUCGGACUACAAAGCCUCUUGCAAACUCUACGAUUCUUCACAGAUGAUGAAGCUUCUCGUGGUUCAGUUGCACGAGUCGUUCUUAAGGAGACCAUGGGGAUCUUGGAGGAUACCAUUCGUAUCAUUCUCACGCCCCCGAAAUUCGAGAUCGCCGAUGAUUUGCAGAAGGACAUUUCUUCGCUGUGCAUGGAUGUUGUUCGCAAUACGCUGGCUCUUGAAUGUCAGUCAUUGAAGAGUGACUACGAGGUCAUCCUCAACCAGGGAACUCUUUCACAUGGAGUUUCCACAUACUCUGCACCCAUCUGGGAUGCGGUGAUUGAACAUCUCCGUCCCGAUAAUGUUGCGCUGUCGAAGUCUGCUCUUCUGGGAAUUCUCCCCCUUGUGGGACUGGAAAAGUUCCCUAGCAGAGGUGAAGAUAAUCAGGAGAAGACUCACUUCAACAACAUCUACAGCCACCUGACCCGUCUUUCAUGUCAGAUCAUUGAACGACUGGCUGAUUUCCCCCCGGAACAUUUGAACGAUUUGUUCCAGUACCAAGACACCGCGAGCGCAUUGAUUUCCACGCUCUUUGCUGCGGACCUCAACACCUACCAAGCCUCUGUUGACCUGAUCAAGAAUUUCAGCGGUCAGUCAGCUCGUCAAGAUGCUAUCUCUCAUCUCCUUCAAAAAUUCUUCCUGCCGACGAUGUACGGCCUCAGUUGGUCAUUCCGCCGAAUCUCCAACAUGAAGACAUUUGCACCUGCUCCACGUAUGCUUCAUACUGGUACCGACCUCGUAGAGAUUCUUUGUAAUAGCCAGACCGGUAUUCUUCGAACACGCACUCAUGUUGAUCGUCGAGAGGUCCUCUCACUGCUUAGGCUAUGGGAAUUUCUGUGGUCCGCCUUGACGACCAUAUUCAAUGAGACUGAAGCGUGGCAUAUUCGAGGAAUUGAUAAGUCUACUAUGCUAGAAUUCUGCCGAGAUACUAUUCAGUUCGCAGAUUAUCUCUUCGAUCAAUAUGGUGUGUUUUUGGGAGCAGUCGGGGAGACCGAAUUUGCCGAGAAGUCAUCUUCACGGGCAUUUCUUAAGUCUCCUACGGAUACUAUGAGUACUAUGGUGAAAUGGCUUAGACUUAAAGACGAGUAUUUGGCCACAACUUUAGUUGGUCUGGUGUCGAAAGUUCUAAGGAGGUUGGGAGGGUUGGAUGUUCAAGUGAAGCAAGAUGCAGUGAAUGUGGUGGAGGGCGUCGCAGUGAAUGGAACCAUCAAAACAAUCCUCACGCCGCGUGACAAAGCUGAAUUGGUUCGCUCCCUUGAAGCAUACUACAAGAGGCCUGUUGUCACUGCGUCCACUGCUUCACUGAAAAAACAAUCUUCUAUUACUGCGUUUGCUAAACGGUCUGAUGUCUCAAGCCCAACCUCUCAUCCUCCAAGUGAUGACGAUUUUGAUGACAUUCCUGAUUCUACUCUUCUUGAACUUUCUCGUUCUGUUGAAUUGAACAAAGAUCGUCGUGCUGCUCAAGCAUUAGCUCAAGCAAAAACAAAACGUGUAUCCUCCUCCUCGUCCGCGAUGGUGGCUUCCGCUCCACACGCGGCCCUCGGUCCCUUGAAGCGUGGCGUACCACCACCCUCAGCCCGUGCCACUCCCAAUGAUGCGAAGCAUGUUCUAUCCUUCCGUGAGAAACGCGAGCGUGAAAAAGAGGCCAAAAAGCGACGUGAUCAAGCCGAAUUGGCGCGUCUCAAGGGUCAUUUGCCUUCUCAUGGCGUUGGUGGACAAACUGCGGAGCAAGGCUCAGGCCUAAAAGGUAUUGGUAUUAAGGGUAAAGACCAUGCAAUUCCUGUGGAUAGUAUGAUGGUUUCGAGCGGUUCUGACACAGAUUCUUCGAGUGAAGAUGAACUUGAUAAAGAAUUAUUCGGCGCAAAGAAGAAGCCCGAAGCCGUCGCUGCGUAUGAACGAAGCAAGAAACAAUCCCUACAGCAGAUGCCCGUGAAAAAGGUUCGACGCCAUCGUUCUGCCAAGGAUAUGCGUGCCCGCUUGGCCCCGGAUCUUUCGUCUUUGCAUCACAGUAUCCUAGGCUGGGAUUAUUUCGAUGCUGGCGACCAACCUCCUAACACAGGUCGUACCGAUUACACCCUGGUCUCUAACACAUUCCGGUCCCCCGAUGACUACCAGGCCACGUUCCAGCCCCUGUUGAUCCUCGAAGCCUGGCAAGGAUUUCAGCAGGCCAAGGAGGAAGGCCCACCCCGUCCGUUCGAAGUGAAAGUUAUGUCCCGUUUAAAUAUUGAUUCCUGGGUCGAAUUCAGCACCCAGCCCGUCGGUGUACCCAAUAAGGAUUUCACCAUCGGUGAAGGCGACCUCCUUUUGUUUUCAGUCUCUUCCAAUCCCACUGCGGAUGAGAAGGCAGGACACGUCCUUGCCCGUGCGCAAAAUGUUAACCGUAAAGGUGGCAAAAAUGAAGUUACCUACCGUGUGAACCCAGCAAGUCCAUCCAACAGAUUUGCCAAUACUGUAGCAACAGGCAUGACACUCUGGGGAGCUAAAGUCACAUCUUUAAUUCCCGUGGAGCGCGAAUUUGGAGCUUUGAGUGCCUUGCAAUACUAUGAUCUAUGCGAGGAGAUUGUUCUGGCCAAACCGUCUCCCAUUCUCACCUAUGCAGAGUCGACGAUGCAACCCAUCAUGAACAACUACUCAAUCAACCUUGCUCAAAGCAAAGCCAUCAAGUCUGCCAUUGACAACGAUGGCUUCACUCUCAUCCAGGGUCCCCCUGGAUCCGGUAAAACCAAGACCAUCACUGCCCUCGUGGGCAGUCUCCUCAGCAAUGUCCUCGAAAAAGCCGGAGUCUCAAUUGGCACGGGCUACAGUGCUGCGCGCCCUCCAGCGGCGCGUAAGAUUCUUGUUUGUGCUCCCAGUAACGCAGCCGUGGACGAACUUGUUAUGCGUUUGAAGUCGGGAGUUAAAACCAUCCAUGGUCGCGAGGAGCAUAUCUCUGUUGUUCGUCUCGGAAGAGGCGAGGCUAUGAAUUCCAACGUUCUCGAUGUCAGCCUCGAUCAUUUGGUUGCUGCGAGACUAAACCAGGAUCCUCCCACUGGCACCAAGGUCGACAUGAAGAAGCUGUAUGAAGAGCACAAGAAUGCCGACAUCAAUUUCAAGGAUGCCCGGUCACGUCUCGAUGAAUGCCGAGCCAAGGGUCUUCCAGCACCGGAAGAGCUUGAGCGCCUCUUCGAACUUCUCAAGAAGCAGCGAGCUAAGCUUAGUGCAGAUAUUGACAAGGGUCGUGAUCAAACACAUACACAGGCCCGUAACGCCGACCUUCACAAACGACGCGUUCAACAAGAGAUCAUUGACCAAGCUCACGUCAUAUGCACUACUCUCAGUGGAUCUGGCCACGAGAUCUUCCAGUCUAUGAGCGUUGAGUUUGAAACCGUCAUUAUUGAUGAAGCCGCUCAGUGUAUUGAGCUAAGUGCUUUGAUCCCUCUCAAGUAUGGUUGCGCGAAAUGUGUACUUGUCGGUGAUCCGAAACAGCUGCCGCCUACAGUUCUCUCCAAGAUGGCCUCCAAAUUCCAGUACGAGCAAAGUCUUUUCGUUCGUAUGCAGAAGAACCAUUCCAAAGACGUGCACCUCUUGGAUGUUCAAUACCGUAUGCAUCCAGACAUCAGUCGCUUCCCAAGUCUUACCUUUUACGAUGGUAAACUUGAGGAUGGUCCCAACAUGGCGGAACUCAACGCACGUCCCUGGCAUCACAGUGAACUGCUUACCCCAUACCGAUUUUUCGAUGUCCAAGGCAUGCAUUCGAGUGCAGCUAAAGGUCACUCUCUCAUCAACUACGCUGAGCUUUCUGUCGCCAUGCAGCUGUAUGAAAGACUGACCAAAGAUGUCACGAACUACGAUUUCACGGGCAAGAUAGGUAUCAUCACACCUUACAAGGGUCAACUCAGAGAAAUGAAACUCAAAUUCGCUUCGCGCUACGGCGAAGAUAUCCUGAAAAAGGUUGAAUUUAAUACUACCGAUGCGUUCCAGGGUCGUGAGAGCGAAGUCAUCAUCUUCUCUUGUGUUCGUUCCUCGCCUAAGGGUAUUGGUUUCUUGGCCGAUAUCCGUCGUAUGAACGUCGGUUUGACUCGUGCCAAAACCUCCUUGUGGGUCUUGGGUAACUCCCAGUCUCUUGAACAAGGUCAAUUUUGGAACAAGUUGAUUCAGGAUGCGCGUGCUCGGAAUGUUUACACGUCAGGAAACAUUCUCCGAAUCCUUGAAUCGCCCCAAUUCACCGGGAUCAAAGAAGAAGAAAGAAUCAUCGAGCUCGACCCUGAACCUAUUGCAUCUGAAGCCCCCGCUACUCCUGCCGAAUCUGUCUCAUCGGCUGCUCCCUCUAUCCCUCGCCCAUCCUCAGCUUCUAUCGGUCUUGAUUCUCGAUCUGUAUCGGUCUCUGCCUCGCAGCGGGGUACACCUCCCAUCCCCCCGCCUGAUGGACCAUCUGGUGGCGCAACGGGCUUGGAUGAAUCCAAGAUGUGCGGUAUCUGUGGCAGCGCUCAACAUUUCACACACAGUUGUGACAAUGAUGGAGCCAAGGACGCUGCUCGUGGAACAUGCUUCCGAUGUGGACGAAGUGGCCACAGCAAAUUGCAUUGCACAGCUGAUCGCUGUAGCGAGUGCGGCCAGUUUGGUCAUACUUUCUUCAAGUGCCAGAAUCCUAGAUCCAUCUCGAAGCAUGAGAAGAAUCGUAUCAAAGAGGAAGAAGCCAGGUUCAAGGCGAUGCAACAGCAGAAUUCGGAUCGUCGCCGAAUGACUCAAAUGGGGCAGCACGACCGCAAGGUUCCGAAAGUUCAAGCCACCACCACCGAGCAACCUACGUCUGAUGGAAAUUCUGGAGCCAAGCGCAAGCGUACAGACACUUCGGCGCCAGAAGCCCCGAAGGCAACACGCCCUCGAACCGAGAAUAAAGAGAAUCCACCAAAGAAUCCGACUAAAGACCCUAGAGGACCUCCUCCACCUCCUGUACGGUUAACCAACAAAAUCAUCCUUCGUUUCAAUACUGACAAGUCCCAGGGUCUCAUCAAACCGUCUCGAGAUGGUCCCGCAUAUUCUAAUACAACACAAACCCCACAGGGAGCCCCAACGGGACCCAAGGCGGUGACGACCAAUGAUGCCGGUCCUCCCAAACCACGCCCAAUGGUCCGUAAGAAGAAGGAGGCUGAUCCCUUCAUUCGACCAAGACCAAGACAGCAGCAACAGCCGCGUCGACCAUAA